UGCUAAUGGUCUAUGCCCUCCAGUAACCUGUGGGCUGCAGGAGGGCAUACUAUUGUAUGAUGUAACACAUCAAGUGAGGGAGAAAACAGGGACGGAUGGGAAUCACCCCUCUCUCAGCUCUCAUGGCUCCAUUUCUGCUCCUGUUGUUCCUUCUGUCUGAAGCAGCUUCUGACAAACUUGUUGUGUACCCUGGAGAUGAUGCCACUCUGCCAUGUCAGGCUGCUGAUCCCUCCUUCAGAGCUGUAGAGUGGAGCAGACCUGACCUGGAACCAGAGUAUGCCCUCUUCUACAGAGAUGGACACUUGGAUACUUACAAACAGCAUCCAUCCUUUAAGGAGAGGGUGGAGCUGGUGGACAGACAGCUGAAGGACGGAGACGUGUCUUUAAUUCUGAAGAAUGUGAGCAGACACGACGACGGAACAUACGAGUGUCGAGUUGCACCAGCUGAUUUCAGGCGUAAAAAGAGAGCCAUCAUCGACUCUGAGCCAAUCAGAACCAUCUGUCUGCAGGUUAGAGAACCAGGUCCAAACAGUGGAAACUCCAAGGAUGAAAACUCCAUGAAUGUUGUCCCUGAGGAUAGAAACUCCGCUCCUGUUGGCCUGACAGCAGGUGUUCCAGUUGGACUGUUUCUUGUAGCUGUUGCAGUGGUUGGUGUCCUGAUAUAAAGAAGACCUAACACCCCAUCAGUCCCUCCUACUACGACUGAUGAAGCAUCUGCC